AGGUACAAUGGUUGAGUUCUGAACCCUCAAAAGGAGGGAGAUUUAAGCUCAGAAAUUCCUUUUCUGAGCUGUGGUUCUCUCAGAUAUGGUUCUGCUUUGUCUGAUGGCCUCUCCUACAUCACCUCAUAGGCUUUUUCACAAAAGGCAGGGCCUCUGCAGGGAACUUGAGGAGUUCCUACCUUUUAUGCCAACUCCUGGAACAAGACAACAGAUGAUAAGAUCUGGUUGCUUUAAUAUAAGACCACUUCAGCUUGAGGAUCCAUGGAAAUCCACAACUUGGUUAUCAGAGCAAAUCAAGCUUGAUUCAACCAUUAAGAGGCCUGUGCUUGUUGAUAUACAAGAAACUCGCCCUGACUCGGUGCUCUUGAGCUUAGGCAUUGCUGAACAGUGGAGAAGGCAUGAAAAUAUUUUGCAGUUCCUCAUGUCUCUAUCAAAUGAAAGAUUAAGAAAUGGGCUAGAUAUUUCUCUUAUGUCUGAUUUGGGGUUACAAAUACUGGCAAUCAACAUGCAUCCACAGCCAUAUGCUUCCCUUGAUGAUGGAUUUUGUCUUUAUGAGGUUGAGGGUGACGAGGCUCAGCCUCCCUUUCUCUACCCAAAUGGGGACUCAGCUCAGAAACCUCUUCUGGAUUUUGUUGGGGAUUUGGCUCGUGGUUCAAAAGUUACAGUUCAACCAGAUGGUCAAGUCCUGUUGGCAGGAUCCGGGGUUGAGAUGAAAGAUUUACUUUCAGUUGUCGCUCAGUUUUACUUGUCAAAGAGUGCAACUAGAUGCAGAAGGCAACAGGUGUUGGUACCACACUAUACCAGGUUUGACCAUUUGAACCCUCAUUCUUGCAAAUUAAAAUUUUUUCUUGUUAGAGGCUCCAAAAUUUCUUGUCUAUUCUGUGCAUGCACAAGCUGACAGUUAUGAGAUUCUUGGAAAUUGCA